UGCCACACUUACAUAACACUCUCACUCACCUUGCCGUUUCAGUUUUCCCUUUCACGCUCUCACUCUCACUCACCUUGCAGGGUCGCGUUCCCUCUCUCUGCCUCGCUUUCCCUCUCCCUCUCAAGUGCAGUUUCAGUUUUCUGCUCCUUGCAUCGCCUUCCCUCUCCUGGUCGCGUUACCUCUCUCUUCUUGCGUUCUCUCUCACGGCGAAGGUCACCCUCCCUCACCGCCGUCUUCUUCCUUUUCCGGUCCACAAAAUGGCUUCUGCACUUGAGAACAAUGAACCGGUUUCAACCAAUCCCGUUGUUAUGGCUGUGGAUGAACUUGUCCAACCAGAUUCGAGUCAGCUACAAGAUAAUGAACAAGGAAAUGAUCAAGUAGGCGAAGAGGCGGUUGUCAAGAGAAAGAGGAAGAAAACAUCAUCUGUUUGGGAAGAUUUUUAUGAAGUUAACCUUGCAGGAGGUAAAAUGAAAGCUGUUUGCAAGUAUUGCAAACAAAAAUUUGCAACUGGUGGAGUAGGGGCUAGUACUAGCCAUUUGAGAAGGCAUGGAGAAGUUUGCACACAAAAGUCGCUGCAGAAGGCUAGUGAAAAAAAGCAGAGUGUCAUUCCUUUUCAGCCUUCUAAUGGUAAUCCAUUUAUAAUAUCUGGUGCUAGAUACAACAAUGAAAAGAUGAGGGAGAUAAUUGCUUCUGCGAUAAUGGUUCAUGAAAUGCCUUUUAAUGUUGUUGAAGAUGAAGUUUGGAUGUGGGCAUUCCAGUAUGCAAAUUCUGAUUUUACAAAGGUGACUCGUAAGACUAUUAGAAAAGAUUGUUUAGCAUUGUAUGAGGCAGAGAAGAAAAUUUUGAAGACUAUGCUGAAUAGUGUGAACAAGAUUAGCUUGACAACAGACAUGUGGAAAUCAAGCCACAAAGUAACUGAAUAUAUGGUGCUCACAGGUCACUUCAUUGAUGUUGGGUGGAAGCUUCAGAAAAGAGUUUUGAGUUUUGUGAAAGUUCCUGCUCCUAGGCGUGGGGUUGAUGUUGCUGAUGCCAUUUUCAAGUGUUUGAAAGUUUGGGGGCUUGAAAAUAAAGUCUUUUCUGUUUCUGUUGACAAUGCUGCCUAUAAUGAUACAUGCUUAAAAAAUCUCAAGGAUACCUUAUCAUUAAGCAGCAAAUUAUUCCUUAACGGUGCAUUGUUUCAUGUUAGGUGUUGUGCGCACAUAUUAAAUUUGCUGGUGCAAGAUGGCCUAGGAAAGAUCAAGAGUAUCAUUUUCAAUGUUCGUGAAAGUGUAAAAUACAUCAACUACAAUGAUGCAAGAUUAAAGAACUUUUGUGAUGUGGUUGAACAGAAGCGUUUGAAAGAGAGGAAGCUUAUCAUGGAUUGCCCAACAAGAUGGAAUUCAACAUUUCGUAUGUUGGCAACUGCUUUGAAAUUCAAGACUGCAUUUGAUGCUUACAAGGAAAGAGAGCCCCAUUAUGAUUAUACACCUUCAGCUGAAGAUUGGAGCAAAGUUGAGAAGGUUUGCAAACUUCUAGAAGUGUUUGAUCUAGCUACUCAUGUUAUAUCAGGUAGUGAGUAUCCGACUUCAAAUUUAUACCUUGCGGAAGUUUGGAGAGUUAAACAAGUAAUUGAUAAUGCAUCUGAGGAUGAAGAUCUCUUCAUGAGAGAAAUGGCAGCUCCAAUGAAAGAAAAAUUUGACAAAUAUUGGGGUGAGUGUAAUUUACUUAUGGCAAUUGCUAGUGUUUUAGAUCCUAGGUGCAAAUUUCAUAUUGUUGAUAUUUGUUUUCCCAUGAUAUACCAACCUGCGAAAGUUGCCAUAGAGAUAGAGAAGGUAAGAAGUUCAUUGGAAAAUUUAUAUGAUGAAUAUGUGUCUUUGAGUAUUCAAGAGUCAUCCUCUGCGACUGAGAAUGCAAAUGGUGGUGGUAACAAUCCAACAUCCUCAUCUGAACCUAGAUCUUCAUUCACUGGAUUUGACCAAAUUAUGAAUCUUGUGCGUGAAAAGGAAGCGGUUCCUCCAAUGAAAUCAGAACUGCAAGCUUAUUAUGAUGAAGGUGUCUAUGUUCCAGAUGGUGAUGGUAACUCAUUCAACACAUUGGACUGGUGGAGGAAUAAUAGCUUUAAAUAUAAGGUCUUGUCGAAGAUGGCUGCAGAUAUAUUAGCUAUACCCAUCUCUACUGUGGCAUCAGAGUCUACAUUUAGUGCAUGAGGGCGAGUUAUUAAUGAGUAUCGUUCUAAAUUGAACGAUGAAUCUAUUGAAGCACUCAUUUGUGGUGGAGAUUGGCUGCGUCAUAAGUACAAUUUGAUGAAGAAGGCAAAGGUGGAUGAAAGACAUGCGGUGAUCAACUUGAAGAUCUGAUGCAAUGAUGUCAUUCUUGAAGAUGAGGCUGGUUAUGAAGGAAACAAGUAGAUCAAUAUGAAGAUGUGAUGUUUUUUUAUUGAGAUUGUUUUGAUGUUAUUUGUGUUGUCAACUAUAUUAAGUAUUGUGUCUGUUUGUGAGUUGUGACUCUAUUAUUGUUUUAGUUUCCUUUUGGACUUCUUUAGUUAUGAUUCUGUUGUCAUGCUCAUGUUGGUGCAGCAGGUGGUUAUUUUCUUGUUCUGGUUUUGGAACCUUUGAAGCUUUAUUAAUAUUUUAUGAUCUUUCAAGUUUAUUAUGACAGGAAAGAAGCUAAAUUUCUAAUAUAUUAUGCUGCAUUUUGUGCUUGAA